AUGGGCCAAAGCAAGUCCCAGACUCUCCCGAUCCUUCCUUUACCCAAGGGGUCAGUACUCUUACCAGGAAUCACCCUUCGUAUACCAGUAGCCAAUCGAACAGAUAUACCAGCACUCCUCACCUCGGUCUUUACCAAAGACAGACGGCCCAGGCCAGACGCCACUGCCAUCUCUAUCGGAUGUGUGCCCAUCAAUUCUCCUCUGCUCCGGUCAGAUGGCCAGCAACUGCUUGAAGAUGGAAAUCCGAAGAAGACACGACAAAUCGACGAUGAAGAUACUAAUUCCGGCGAGGCUGAUCACCGAGAUCUAUUCAUGUAUGGCACAGUGGCCAAGAUCUCUGGUGUCCAAGGGCGCAGAGCCGACGAUCUAUCGUUGAUUGUGGAGGGCGUUAGGAGAUUCAGAAUCGACAGAUUCACUCAAAUGAGGCCAUAUUUCGAGGCAGAAGUGGCCUACUUGGAUGAAGAGGUGAUGGUGACAGAUGCUGAAACGCAAGCACUCUUCGAACAUCUCAAACAGCUAUCUCGCGAACUUCUUACCCUCGUUCGAGUUGCUUCAUUCCUGCCCAGAUCUUCUACAAACCUGUCGCCUCUGCUCGCCAGACGCCUGGAGCUAUAUGUGUCGAAAAAAGGGUUGGCAGACGCUGGUGUGCUUGCGGAUUUCAUGACCAAUAUUGUCGAAGCCUCUUUGGAGGAAAAAUUACGGGUAUUGGCUGCCUUGGACGUUAAAGACAGAUUGAAUCACGUCAUUGAGUUGCUUUCGCGGCAGAUACAAGGGAUGAAAGGGAGUGUCAAGAUCACAGCAAUCACGAGCACGAUUCCAGCGAAUCAGGGUCUAAACAUCAACAACAUCAGUCGCAAAGAUAGGGACGCUCUGAUUAGUCGAGCGAUGAAUGGCUUUGGAGGUUUCAAUCCUGGCUUCUCUGCUCCAGGGGCAGGCGAUGAAGGUGGCGAUGAGGAGCCGAACGAGCUUGAAGAACUCAAGAAAAAGAUUGCUGAGGCCAAGCUUACGCCUGAAGCGCAGAAGGUGGCAGACAGAGAGCUGAAGAGACUGAAGAAGAUGAACCCUGCGCAGGCUGAAUUCGGUGUCUGCAGGACCUACAUCGAGACACUUGCUGAAGUUCCGUGGAGCGCUUCAACUGAAGCCCAGCUUGGCGUAGAAACGCUGAAGCGGGCACGAAAACAGCUCGAUGAUGACCAUUAUGGCUUGCAAAAGAUCAAGAAGCGUCUGCUUGAGUAUCUCGCUGUGCUGAGACUGAAACAGGCACUCAAUUCGGACAUUGAAGCCCAAAUUUCCAGAGCUAGGAAAGAAGCUGCUGCUCCGGGGGACGACGAAUCAGACUCGGAGACACCCUCAGCCGAGACCGAGGCUGACUCGACUAAGAUACAGAUACUCCAGAGUAAUCGCCGAGUCGACAAGUCACCCAUAUUGCUUCUCGUCGGCCCUCCAGGGACAGGCAAGACCAGCCUUGCGAAGUCCGUAGCGACUGCGCUUGGACGCAAGUUCCACCGCAUCUCGCUUGGUGGUGUGCGUGAUGAGGCAGAAAUCCGCGGCCAUAGGAGGACGUAUGUCGCUGCAAUGCCAGGUUUGAUUGUUAACGGCUUGAAGAAGGUCGGCGUGAACAAUCCAGUGUUCCUCCUUGAUGAGAUCGACAAAGUGGGUGGCUCCAACUUCCACGGAGAUCCAUCAGCUGCUAUGCUAGAAGUCCUCGACCCCGAACAGAAUCACUCAUUCAACGACCAUUAUAUCAACAUUCCAAUAGACCUUAGCAAAGUCCUCUUCAUCGCCACUGCAAACAGUCUCGAUACGAUACCACCUCCUCUUCUCGACAGAAUGGAAACGAUCCAGCUAUCCGGCUACACGACUGUCGAGAAGCGCCACAUUGCGAAUCAACAUCUCAUUCCCAAGCAAAUCGCGACCAAUGCUCUUUCCACCUCCGACAUCCAUUUCGAUGACAACGUUGUUGACACAAUCAUAACAUCAUACACCCGCGAAUCUGGAGUUCGCAAUCUCGAACGCGAGAUUGGUUCUGUCUGCCGCUACAAAGCCGUUGAAUAUGCUGAUGCAAGAGAUACUUCUACCCUCAACAAAUUCAAUCCCCACAUAUCCAUGUCUGAUCUCGAAGAGAUCCUCGGCAUCGAGCGCUUCGAUGAGGAAAUUGCAGAGAAGAGAUCUGUCCCUGGCAUCGUCACGGGUCUCGUUGCCUACAGCUCCGGCGGCCAAGGCAGUAUUCUUUUCAUCGAAGUUGCGGAUAUGCCUGGCUCGGGUCGUGUGCAGCUGACGGGAAAGCUCGGUGAUGUGCUGAAGGAAAGCGUUGAGGUGGCUCUAACAUGGGUUAAAGCGCAUUCGUAUGACCUUGGCCUUACAACAGAUGCGAAUGAAGACAUCAUGAAGAAUCGCAGCGUUCAUGUCCAUUGUCCUAGCGGUGCUAUACCAAAGGACGGCCCAUCCGCGGGGUUGGCGCACACGAUCGCUCUCAUCUCAUUAUUCAGCGGCAAGGCAGUGCCUCCUACUAUCGCCAUGACAGGUGAAGUCAGCCUAAGAGGCAGAGUCAUGCCCGUAGGUGGUAUCAAGGAGAAGUUGAUCGGUGCUCUGAGGGCAGGAGUCAGAACUGUGCUACUACCCAACCACAACCGGAAGGACGUCAAGGAUUUGCCGGAAGAAGUGAAGGAGGGUUUGGAGAUAAUCCACGUUGGACAUAUAUGGGAGGCAAUGCGACAUGUCUGGCCUGAAGCUCAUUGGCCUGGGGAACAGCAUCUUGCGGGGAUUGAGAGCAGAUUGUAG